GCUCAUUCGGAAAUCAACCAGCCACUUCACUACACCCCGUCGACGCUGCAGUAUCUAGCCAUGAAGUUCUUCAGCUGCCUCGCUCUGGUCGUGCUGGCACUCACGGCCGCCGCAGUCUCCGCCAGCGCCCCGGAGGAGACCGGCGUCAAGGCCCGCCACAUGCUGGCAAUGGGCGACGAGUCCGUCAUGUUCGCGCGCGGCUCGCUGCGCCGAGAGGAGGAGACGGACUAGAGAGAAUCGUCCCAGAACCUCAGGAUGCAGCGGUGAUGCAGAGCUAGACACCCCACGCGAGCGGGACGCAGAGCCGCCGCCACUGCACAACGUCGAGAAGAAGAAGAAGCCACUUCGAGACAAGCAAAAGCAGUCGCUACUGCACGAUAUGAGCCCGACAAGCUGUAACCUACUUAAUCUUAUUGCUCGCAUCCGUGGCAUCCACACC